CUUCUUGUCAGUUCUUCCGCCGCGCAAGUGUUUUGUCGGAAUGGCGGCUCUUUUGGAAUCGCUACUAACAAGGAAAGUAGACCUUACGAAGGUCUUGGACUGGUUGAAGAAUAUCCAGCAUAGUGACAGUUUGACCUUCAGCGAUCCAGAAUUGACAGUCCACAAGCACGAAUUCAUUCCCUUCCUGCUCAACUUCCUGCGAGAUCAGAGCAGCCAGGCCCUCACCCAUGGACCCGCCACCCCUGCCAAGACCCCCAGCCGUCCCAGACCCUCCGCCUCAUCACGGGGCUUCCCCGAGCGGAGGGCCAGCAGGUCGGGGGGCGGUGGCUCUCGAGGCACCAGCCGGGUGCAGCUAUUCUCACCGACGCCAUCCCCCGGGUCCGAGUCGGGGCUCGGUCACGUCAGCAGCCCGUCCUUUCCCGCCUCUUGGAGCCCGGCGUCCAGGCCCUCGGGCUCAGAGCGGAGACCCAGCCAGAGGAUCAGUCUCGGGGACUAUGUGCUGUCUCCCCCGGAGCUCCAGAAGGGCCGCAGGAGGAGCGGGAACGGUGCCGGGAGGCACGCGGGAGGUGGGCGAGCGGCGCAUCACGCUGAUGACAACGGGAGAAGAACCGGUAGAGGAGGUGGAACCAACGAGCAUGUUUCUCCUCCGUCUGCGGGUCAGCUUAAUUUCAACAACUUGGAAGAUUUCCCACCUGUCGGUUCAUCUCCUGUUACCCCCACGGGAAACAAACCAUCCAGAAGGAUAAACCCGACGCCGGUUAGCACUGAUCGCUCGCACUCCAAGCCAAAAAUGUGCUUCACCUCCACGCCCUUCACUCAAGCUCCCAGCCCGCCGCCACUGGUGUUGGAGAGGCCCGACACGCGGGUGACGGCGGUCAGCCCUCACAGCCUGAUGGAGGAAAGGGAGCUGCUCAAGAGAGAAAAGUGUAAACGAGCCCAGCUGCAGACGUGCUCGCCCGCGCCAGCCUCAGAGGAGCCGUGCACGCCGAGCAAGUCUGAGGCCCCAAGGCUCGGAUCCAAGGUGACGCCAGACCAGCAGACGGCCUGCCCCGAAACAUCUAAAGUCACCUUGGCCUCAGACCUUGACGUGCUGGCGGAACUGUACUGCGCCUGCAUUUCUGAAAACCUGGUGCCAAACGUUUUUCUGGAGCUGUUCUUUGUGAUGCAGCUGCUCACGUCUCGAUGUCCUCACACUCCUGACAACAAGGAUGACGAUGAGGAAGAGGAGGAGCGUGUGCGGACGCUCAAUUCAGGCGUGCUGGAGAGGCGCUACCUGAGGAAAGUGCACAACUGUGUGUACUUUGCAGUGAAGGUGUUGGAGAAUCAGUAUCACUUGUUGGCUCACCUGGACAAAUGCACGUUGCGUCUCCUGGCCGAGAACGAGAGAGUGGCGUCGUUCUCGCCGCGCCUCAGGGAUCGCUUGAGUCAGGCCCAGGACACGAGUACAGCCAAGCUCUCUCCCUCCGUUUCCACGUUCAUCCACUCGGUGCCCUUCCAGCCUGCCACAGACAAUCGCUCCAAUUUCAGCAGUGACAAGGCCUUCCACACCUUUAAAAAGCAAAGGGACAUUUUUUACGAGUUGCUUCGAGAAUGGGAGGACUUCCACAAGGAGCCCGGUUGGAUCUUCGAUAUGGCUCUCGGGAGUCGCAUCAGAGGAAUAAUGAGUCAGCUGACCGCCGCUGGAAACCACUCGCAUUUUGCUCGUCUGUUCCUGAAGCAGCUUGUUCAGAUGUGCAAAGGGCCUCGCGUUAGCGGCUCGUCCGGCGACACCCCCGACGCCGACCUGCUGGUCAUGCUGGGAGCCGACGGCCUGGGCCGCCUGAAGCGCCUGGAGGAGCGUCUCAUCCAGCCCCACGGAGUCGGCGGACCGUGCCCGCCGCCGUCAUUUCCCGGCCACCAGGAGUUCUUCCGGGACUUUCUGCAAGCGGCCAGUUGCUGUCAGCUGAACCAGCACCUGCAGGACAGCUUGUGUCAGCAGCUCCUUCAGCUGGACGAAGUUUCCAUCUUGAGUCCUCCGACUCCCGUCACAGAACGAGAGGAGGAGGAGGGCGAAGAGGCGGCCGGCGACGGGGACAUGGAGCAGCAGGACGAGAAACAGCGCUUCGCCUCGGUGCUCCUCCUCGCUCGUCUCCUGGCCAAGUUCCUAGGCUUCAUCUCCUUUCUGCCGUACCAGACGACAGAGAAGCCGUCCAGGGAGAUUCAGGAAGCGGCAGUCGCCCUGCGGAGCAAGAGCGUUCCUGUGCUGGACGUGUGCGGCGUGCUGAGGAACAGCAUGAAGCACAGGCGCACCAUCUUGACGGUGCCCUGGCUGGUGGAGUUCCUCUCCAUGCUGGAUUUUACCGGGCCGCUGCUGCUUAACUACAGGGUGGUACUGGGCACGCUGUGUCUCCUCUACAGGAAAAUGACUCUGGGCAGAUGCAGCGAGACGUCCUACCUGAACAGGCUGCUGAUUGUAUCCGUACUGGGAUGGCUCUUCCAGAUCCCAGUCAUCCCUGAGGAGGUGUUCUUCACCAGUGACUUCACCAAGAUGGCCGAGCUGGAGGAGAGCAACGCCAAUGCUGCCGGACUCGAUGGCAUCCCCCUGGUGGACCAGCAGCUCCUCUACACAUGUUGCCCCUUUCUCGACGAGUUCCGUAAGCUCCUAGCCGCCUUCGUGUCGGGAAGCAGCGCCAAGGGCGGCGGCAUCGUGCGCAAGAUCACGCCGACGUCGGCCGAGCCCCAAGACGCGGCGGGCGGCAACGGCGAGCGGUCGCAGCAGAAGCUGCAGGCGGACCUGGAGCAGGCGUUCUUCCACAACCAGCCGCCGUCACUGCGCCGCACGGUGGAGUUUGUGGCCGAGCGGGUCGGCUCCAACGCGGUCAAGCACAUGAAGGCGACGUUCGUGAGCGAGUUGGUGGAAAAAGGGGAUAAGAUGCUCCGAGAUGGACUCGAGUCACCCAAAGCCAACCCGUCCAAACUGAACGAGUCCAUCUGCGCUCAACUAUGUGAGGCGGGACUAGACGCCCUGAGCAGAGCCACCAGAUUUUGCUGUGAAAAGAGUCCAGAAGCCAUACGCAUUUUGCUCCCUGAUGAGACCUCCCCUGCUGUGCUUACCACCUCUGAAAACAUCACCAUACACCUGGCCACAGAAAAAGCCUGCGGCUGGCUCUCGGCGAACAUAACAGCGCUUAUCCGGCGAGAAUGGAAGUGCAGGUACGAGCGCGUAACAAAGACUCUGACUGCCGAUUCCGCGGACGAGUUGGGCCCGCCGCUUACGCCCAAGAGGAAGCAAGGGGCCACCAGAGUGACGUCCUGCCCUCCCUGCUGCACCCAUAGUGCCUCGCUGCCUUCUGACGUCCUUAUCGCCCUCAAGGACUUGCUCAGCGUGGCCGUGGGCCCCAGGAUGGACGAAGAGCUGCCGAGCGGCUCUCGGCUCCAAACGCUCUUCCGGAACGUGCGAGACACACUGGUCUGCAAAAAGUUCUUAACAGCCGUGUCAGAGCAGAUGCUGCUCAACGCCACAGUCCUGCUAGCCUGCAAACUGGUGUCUGCAGAGCUGCCAUUGGCUCCUCCGUCAGGUGGCGGUGAGUCGGAGCCUUCCGUCAGAGCGCUGCUGGAGCAGCUGAGCGAGCUUUGGGCGUCAGACAACUGUUGCUGUGCCCCCCUCCACCUGCUCUUCACCCCGCUAGUCGUCAUCGCCGUGCUCAAGGCUGGCGACAACGCGUGGAACAACUACUUGUAUGUAGUGAGGAGGCUGCUGGCUCGAGGCUUGUUGUCUGAUGAGGAGCUCGUAUCUCACUGGACCAAACUGGCAAAGCAGAGCCUACCAGCAGAGGUGAUGGAGAAGUUCGGGUCGAACAAAGCCUCCUCCUCGCUUGCAAGUCAAAUGGACCUGCUGCAGCUGUCUAAACAAACUCUAGAGGGCGCCACAUGACAAAAAAAAUAAACAAAAGGCGGGAAACGCACUGUAACAACUUGUAUGUUUCCUCACAUUCUCGGCAUGUUGUAAAACAGGAAAUUGUAUAUGAAUAUAUAUCAAAAACAUAAUUUUAUCAUUGCAGCACUUUGACAUGCGAGUCCUUACAAGAAUGCGAUUAUGCAUUUGUUCACUGUUUCCCCUCUAUGAUGCUGCUUUUUUUUCAAGAAAAAAUGUAAUAUUUUUGUCACUGAAAUGAUAUGUUGAUGAGGUAAUAAUAAAGACGAACUCCGGUUAAUGUUGAUA